AUGGACGCCAGUCUCAAAAUGCUACCAUUUCUCAAAAACUUCCCCAUGAUCCGAGAUCUGACCCUUGCCGUCCCCCCAUCACUAGUUAUGCGCUUCGAACCCAACGCCGAAGCCCUAGCCCCCCGCCUCUAUCAAGCUCUGCACGACGAAGGAUUCACCUUGAUCUUCGCGGGCGCAAACACAGUCGCAGACUCGCGGCUCAUGGGCCAUUGGCACACGAUGCGGAACCGAGUCCUACUUGCGAAUCUGAGAAGAGAAGUCCUGGCCGUAUGGCCGGACCUCGAGUUUCAGCCAUCCCUGAGCGACUUGGAGUCUUUGCUUUUACUCACGGCGACUCUCAAGGAAUCAUUGCGCCUCAUCCCAUCCGGCGUAUCGUUGACUCGCGUCGUCCCUCCCGGUGACGCCAUCACAGCCGACACGCACAUCCCCGGAGGAACCACCGUCGGCAUGGCGAUAUUGCAUGUCCAUCAAGCCACCGCGGUCGGGGGAGAAGACGUCCUGGACGUUCGACCUGAGAGAUGGUUUGAGAAAACGACCAGGAGCAGUGAGGCGAGGGAUGCUGAGGUUGUCGGUUCGAUGAGCACCCUGAGGAGUGAUCUUGAUCACUGA